GGAGCGGGUUGCUCAAGAAGAAGACGCUGGUGCCGGGCCAGGGGGUGGACACCCGUCCCCGCAAGGGCCAGGACGUGACCAUCCGCCUGAAGGCCACGCUGGAGGACGGCAGCGUGGUGGAGGAGAACCCCGCUCUCACCUUCACGCUGGGGGACUGCGAUGUCUUGCAGGCUCUGGACCUGUGUGUGCAGCUCCUGGAAAUGGGGGAAACGGCUUUGAUUGUGUCAGAUGCAAAGUAUUGCUACGGUGUGCAGGGCAGGAGCCCUGACGUCCCACCCAAUGCGGCCAUCACCCUGGAGGUAGAGCUGCUGGUGGCUCGGGACGCGCCGGACAUGGAGCUGCUCAGCGGGAAGGAGAAGAUAGAGCUGGCCAACCGCAAGCGGGAGCGUGGCAACUUCUUCUACCAGCAGGCAGAUUACGUGUUGGCCAUCAACUCCUACGACAUCGCCCUCAAGAUCAUCAGCUCCAGUUCGAAAGUCGAUUUCAGCCCGGAUGAGGAGGCCGAGCUGCUGGAUGUGAAGGUGAAAUGUCUCAACAACCUGGCAGCAUCUCAGCUUAAAUUGGACCAUUACGAGGCAGCCCUCAAGUCCUGUAACCUCGUCCUGGAGCACCAGCCAGGGAACAUCAAGGCUCUCUUCCGAAAGGGCAAGGUCCUGGCUCAGCAGGGUGAAUACAGAGAGGCCAUCCCCAUCUUAAAGGCGGCGUUGAAGCUGGAGCCUUCAAACAAGACCAUCCACGCUGAGCUCUCCAAGCUGGUGAAGAAGCACGCGGACCAGAAGACCGUGGAGACAGAGAUGUACAGGAAGAUGCUCGGGAAUCCCAGCGCCGCCGGCGCCCCGGGGAAGUGCAAAGACAAGCUGCCCUGG